AUGGUGACCUGUGUAGAUGAAUAAUCUCAUGAAUUAGUCAAAGGAUGGAUCUUAAAUAUUUCACCAAUUGUUCCUCCAAUCAGUUAGGUAUUUGACAUUCAGGCUCCAAGAGAUUCAAUGAAGACUUACAUUGUUAAAUAUGCUAAAAAUAAAAUAAUGAAGUCCUUUUAAUUUUUAAAUCAUCCAAUACAAAAAUAUUAAAAGUAAUCAUUAGCUUAAGUUGUAGCUUGUUAAAACUAGAUACUUAUUCAAGCAUAAUAGAUAUAAGAUGUUACAUUAUAGAUUCAUAGAGUUAGUGAAAUGGAUAAAGCAGAAGUUAAAGUUUUUAUUGGUGAUGAAGAUAGAUCAAGAGAUACAUUUGAUUGUUUGUUAUUUAGAAUCACUUAUAUUUAAAUAUAGCAAAUUUAUAUACAUUUGA